UAUGAAUACAAUGGACAAGCUUAUGAUUAUUUCAUGCCGCCUUUAUCUGGCAACAAUGGUGAUGCAACAUCAGGUCAUCCAGAUACUUAUUUAAGCGUUACUCGUGAACCCACAUAUGGAGACAGUAAGAUUAACUUUCAAGAUAUGGUUGACAAAAUCCUUGGCCACGACGUAUGUGAACAGGAUAAAAUAAUUGCACAAGUUCAGUUUCUAAACAAAGCCGCACUUGAGUCGAGUGUUGGAGGUCCAUUCUAUCCUGGAAUUGAAAUUACUUAUGUGGCUUAUGACGAGAAUACGAUUAAUUCCGGAGCGUUUCAACCUGGAGAUAUCAAUGCGUACAUGGCUUUACCCUGGCAAGCAGAUUUUUACGAGUGCAAUACACGCUGGUGGCCAGCUCAAAGACCCGAUAUUGUAAUUCCAAAAGAACAAAAAGAUGAAAAGAGGAAAAUUCAAUCAGACGAUUUUGUAAAUUGGACCCGCGGCUUAAGACAAAAUGAAGCCAGUGAUGAACCUAAAUGGGGUGAUUUGGAUAUGGUGAGAGUUUGGGAUAGGUAUGUUGAUGGAUUUGUUGUUGAGAAGGAAAACGUCCUCGGUAAUAAUAAAGCAUUCGUUGAGGUUGAACACGCAGACAUUUAUGGAGUCAAUGGA